AAAAAAUAUCAGAGGCUCAUGUGCGUUUGUGUUCAUUAGCUUCUGAGGUCUGCCAUUAAUGGCCACUAACACCCAUCAAAAGCCCCACCGCUUUUCUCUCCCAGGAACAUCUCCCCUUAAAUCUCUCCCUCUCUCUCUCUGCCCAUCGCAGUUCCAUCGAAUCUCUCUUCCUCCACAGAUUCUCUCUCGCUCUUGCUCUUGAUUUCUUACACGUUUUUGAAGAAGACCCCUCAUCACCACUGAACCUGAGAUCGACCUCAUCGCAUCGCAUCUCAUCGCCAUGGGAGGAGAAGGAGAAGCUCGAGCGAGGGUCAAGCUCUGCGAGCUGUGCGAUUCCGAAGCUGAGCUUCACUGCGCCGCAGACUCCGCCUUCCUCUGCCGCUCCUGCGACGGCAAGAUCCACUCCUCUAACUUCCUCGUUGCCCGCCAUCUCCGCCGUUUCCUUUGCCCUAAUUGCAAGUCCCUCACCGGAAACCUCGUCUCCGGCGCAGAGAUUUCCCCUCAAUCCCCCCGGAAAAUCCCCUGCUCUAGAUCAUGUUCUUCGAUCUUACCCUCUUCUCCUUCUCCUUCUCCUUCUCCUUCUUCCUCUUCCUCUUUCUCUUGUUGCUCGUCUGUGGAUUCCGCCUCCAGCUCCGAGCUCUCGUCUACGGCGGCUGGAUAUGAUCGGAAGGCGAUGAGGAGAAAUCGGCGGAGGGAUGGUCGCGUUUGCGGUCGCGGUCGCGGUCACGGUCACGGUCGCAAUCGCGGCGAGGAGGAUGGCGUUUUCGUAAAUUGGUGCGAAAGCUUGGGGCUGAGAGGGAAUUCACGAGACGGCGUCGUAUCGUCAGCGUCUUGGGCUAUGCGGGUGAUGAUGGAGAAGCCGAUGGUGGCGGUGUUUCCGUACAAGGUGUGCUUAACGGCGUCGUUUUGGUUCGGGAUGAGAGUUGCGAGGGAAGCGAUGAUGACGUGGCAGAAUCUGAAGAGGUUGCAGGAGAUCUCCGGUGUCCCCGGGAAAACGAUCGUGGCCGUUGAAGUGAGGAUCUCACGCGCUUUAAGGCAGUGCCGCGUGGACCUGCGGGAAGGCUGGGCGGAGACUGAAGGCGCGACUUGAGAGUUAGCUUGACGUCCACGGGAUUUACAAUUAACCGAAGUUGACUUGUUUUGUUUUUAGAUUUGAUUUUUCGAUUUCUUAUGAUUUAACUUAGUUUAUGUAGGAGAUAUGUUUUUAUAACUUUAAAUUAGCCGAAAUAUUCACCAAAACUCUUCAAUUAAUUACUUUCUCAA